AUGAAGCCUGUGCUUGAGGAGCUAUUUAUAAAAAUAAAAGAAGGGAUUCGGGAUAAUAAUGCAGUAUGUUUGAAUGGGAUAACAGAAGAAACAAUGAUGGAAGGACUAGUAGAUCUUUUUCAGAAUGGUGGGGUUAAUAAUAUAGUGGAGUAUUUCCGGAAAUACAGAAGACUGCAGAGUACUGUAGACUUUCCUCUCUCCUGCCUGCUUCUGGAGACUGAACUGGAAGAAAACAAAGAUCCCUUGUAUGUGGACUAUCAGCCUGUGUUCAAAACAAAAGGACACUUUCUGAAGGUGCUUUGCAUGAUGUUUGACCGAAGUGAAACCUUUAUAUUCACAGGCGGAGAAGACGGAAUUAUCAAGAUAUGGGAUGUGUACAGUGGGCGCCUGGUAAAUUCACUAAGGCACCACUGUGCUCCUAUUUUUGAUUUUGUCGUUGACUUUAGCAAUAGGUUUUUCAUGUCCUGCGACCAAAGUGGGACUAUUGUGUGCUGGGAUCUUAAGACCCUGAGAAAGGUCGAUGCGAUAAAUAUUGGUGAGCAAAUAGACUAUUUGGAUGUAGUGUAUGCACCAACUGAAGCAGAACCACUUGAGCAGAAAAAGUCAAAGGCAGCAGUCUGCAGGACAGGAAGCAUUAUGCAAGCAAUAGUGGUGACUAACUCUGGGAGAAUACUCCGGGUUAUAGUGGGCAGCAGUGAGAUGAAAGUUGAAACCAUUUUGGACCAGGUGGAAGAGGGAACUUUCAAUGAGGCAGCCACCACACGAGGAAAGAAGAUGGUUGUUAUCACAGGAAUGUGGCCAUUCUCUGUUCUACUGGAUGUAAAUGACCCAGACAACAGAUUUUACAUCCUGGACACAGAAGACAUGCUCUCUUCCUCAGUUGAUGUCUCGCAUAAUUCACUGCAAUUUGCAAUUAGCACGUACUCAUCUACUAUGAUGAUUUGGAAGUACGAUAUCACGCAGAAACCCACAAAGUCAAAUAUAUCCACAAGAAAAAGAGUGAAGGGAAGGGACCUGGAGGGGUGCUGGGUGAAAAGCACAAUUGAAAUUAAAGGAAUGGGUGAGUCAAUAUAUAAUACUGACAUAGUAUACUUAAUCGAUGACACGACUCUUGUUGCAGUUGACACAGAGUCAAAUAUUCGGCUGAUUAACACAGAGACAAAAGAAAUAAUAAUGAUAGAGAAAGAGUACAAAAUUACAGGAGUAGUUUCGCACCCAACGAAAAACAUAUUCCUUACAGUGGAGGUGAAUGGAGUAAUAAAGGUAAUAGACAGUUUGGGGCAGGUUCUAAACCGGAUUGAUACAAAGGUCUCAGUUGCAGGGACAGUUGUCAUGGACUCAACAGGAUCUUUCUUCUACAUUGCAGAUCUUGAUGGAGCCAUGUACAAGUACAGUAUACUCAAAGACCACUUGGAUGUGCCGGAGAGUGAGUUCAUGCUAGAAGACUUUGAUCAUUACAGAACGUACAACAACGAACAGUUGAAGUACCUGGCGAGUGUUGAAGGGCAGUCACAAGAUGAGAGCACAGGGCGUGUGUACGAAGAGAGAAAUGCAGCACUUGAGAGAAUAAUGAAAAAUAUCAAGGGCAGGGAGAGUGCAGACCAGUGCACGUAUACACUUGCAGGUGACUCUCUUCCAGUGAAAAUUCAAAUAGAAACUAUUACAGAGCACAUACUUCCAGUUGACAAGUGGAUGCGAAGCAUAGAGGUUUCAGGUAUUUUGCAGUUGCAGCCAGAGAUGAUAACCUGCCAAGUAUUUGAAAAGGAGUUUAGACGACCCAGCCAGACAAUAAUAGUGCCAGAGACAGAGGAUGAGCCAUCUUUAUCUGCAGAAAAUGAAGACAGUUCUUCAAACUGGCCUGUUGAGAUAUCAGAUACCAAUUACCUGAACACAGAUGAUGAGAUAAUCGAGACAGACAAUGCAGAGAACACAAGCUCUUUAAGCAGCCUAGAGAACAGCAGUGAUGUAAUCUACGAGGGAACAGACGAAAGCACAGGCAAUUCAGAGAGCAGUGAAUCAGAGGAAAACUCCAUGGAAGAGUCAGAGUCACAAGAAGUCAGAACACUAAGCAGAAAAAGAGGAAGAAGGCAGGCAGCACGUAAAGCAUUCUGCCCAGACAUAAACCGCCUAUACAACUGGUAUAUGAGUGACACGCCAACUCCCCCACUGCUCCCGCAGAUAAAUGAUGAAAUUGUUCUGAUAAAGAACAGAGUUUCAGAUACAAGGCUAAAGGAGAAUCUAGAGGACUUAGAGCCAAUUAAAAUACUUGGUGUGCAGUACAGAAAGACAGAACUGACUGUAGAUUUUCUGAUUGAAAGAACAAGAAAGAAAGACUUUCUUGUUUAUACGAUAGACCAUCUGGAUUGCAGUCCGUUUAUACUUAAGCACCAGCUUUCUGAUAUAAGAAGCAGCAAAUAUAGAAGAAACGAAGAAAUAUAUUACUACACAGAAGGAAUUUUGUCAAAAGGUUCAGUAGUCAGAAAAAGAGGCGAUAAGAUAGAGGUAGUGACAGAUUCAGCAGAGUACACCGUAGAUAUAUACGAUGUGUACAUUCCUGCAACAAAUUAUUCAGUCGAUCUAACAACUUACAUUGCUCCUUUUAAGGCAAUCAAGGACGACCACUAUAUCUUCUACACAGAAGUGUCUAAGUCAGACUACCCAGACUACUAUGAGAUAGUUCAAAGACCCAUGACAGUUAACAAAAUCAUAAGGCGUCUCAGAAAUAAUUACUACAGGGCAAAAGAAGAACUAGAGAGUGAUAUAGAGACAAUUCUGUCCAAUUGCCGCGAGUACAACGAAGAUGACUCAGAGAUCACACACCAGUGCAAAGAUCUUAUUCGCACACUACUGCAUAUUAUUGAACCAUAG